UUUAGCUGUGUGUAAGUAGUUAGUCUUGUGAACAAAACUAAAAUUUACUGACUUGCUUCAAAAUAUUUCACUGAGUAGAUCUUGCCCUUUCACUGUUCUUAGUUACUGUCUCUGCUGGAUUACAGGUCUUUUAGGUCUUGCUUUUUUGUUGAAUUCUCUAAAAUCUGCGUGACAAACACAUUUUGGAUCUUACAUCAUGACUUUUAGUAAGCUAAUUUCUUCAAUUCAUACGAAAAAUCAGAGAAAACAAUUAAAUUUGAAGCAGCUCCAAACCUACUGGAAAAUAAUUUCUGAAGUAGUGUCUCAAAACUGAAGUAAUGAGAUAUACCAGGCUUUUGUAAUGAUGGUACUCAGAUGAACAGGUAAAUUAGAUUUGUGAACCUAAACGUAGUAUCCUGUUCUGAAAGCUUUUACCUAUGUUGUGAAACACCAGCAAUAUAAAUACAUUGAUGGGUUUGUGUUAAAUGUUAUUCUGACACUUUCAUGAGCUUAUAUAGUAGUAAUUUAAGGGCCUUGUUUUACUUUGGUGUUGUGAAUACUUGCACUUGAGGUUAGCUCAAAAUAUGCAAGUAUUCCUGUUGAACUCAUUACCAUGAUUUAUGUGUGAAACUGGCAGAUGACAUAGUUGAGUCAUUGUGGCAUUAAUGUAAUGACUGAGACUUGCUGAAAGCCUUGCUUGCUUCAGAUACACAACUCGGUCUGGCCAGUGGAUAUACAUGUAAAAUUCAGCCUGACCAGUUUUAAUAUUCAGCCUGUCACUGCUUGCUGUGUUGACAGUGGGCACGUGCAUGUUGGAUUGCUUUAUGUAGUAGUUGCUGUCAGGGUAGAGCAUUUCUGUCUGUGGCCAUCAGCUUGUCAUGACUGUCCUGUCUGCUGAAAUGAUCUCUGUCCUGAAGUUCAAAGCUGUGGCACCAACCUUGAUAUGUUCAGGCACAGCUGUAGUGUUCUUGCAUAGGAAUUUUCGUUUGGGGGAACUGAUCUGGCUGGAAAGGAUUCCAGCAGGAAACUCUUUUCUGUGGUUUUAGAAACAGCUGUGCCACAUGAUAGCAUAGCAGUGAGGCUGUGGCCCUGGUAACUAGGCAGACCUUCAGAAGUGUUAAAACUUUUGUUAGAGGUGUAAAAGUUAACAGCAAAUCAGAGCUACCAUGUAUCCAAGGCAUAUCUGAACAUAAAAAGCUGAUGGCUUAAUACCCCUGAAGAAGGAUAUAAGGAGGAAAAAAAGCCACAAACUGAAACAACUUAUGUGGUUGCCUGUGGUAAGAGUUUUGUAUCUGGUGACUCAGAAGGGCCCUGCAACUGCUUUAUAUCUAACUUGGAGUUGUAUUCACAUAGGUAGGAGUCUCUCCAUACACAGUAUAUAUCAUUCACAUACAUCACCAAAUUGAGACUGUAGUAGUAGCAUUCAGAUUUAGCUUAAAGCUGGCUUAAAUUACAACCCUUCAAAAAUGUUGGGCUACUUGUGUUUUUCUAGCACUUUUCACUUCUUAUGUGUGGAUAUAGUUGGGUUACUAGUUUGCUUCAAUUGCAGUGAAAAAGUGCUACUUCUAGGUGAUUUUAAUUGGAGUGGUUUACUUUGUUUUUGGGGUGAACUGUGGCAUACAUUCAGCCAGCCAAUGGGUUGAUGGUUCAUACCCCAAGAAAGCUGUGGUACAUGGGUUGCAUCUGGCUGUGUAGGGAAUGAGUGUUCCUGAGCCUGUAGCAAGACAUUAGGCUAGAGAGCUUCUUGAUAGCUGCUUUGUAGAUAGUCUGUACUGAGCUUGUGAUCAUCAGACAUAAGGAAAGUCAAGUGAUAAGGGAUUCUCUGUAAUAAGGAGAAUCACUAGCAGAGUUAAGGAAUUAAUUGAUAUUAUGAUCAAAUGAGUGUCAGGGUCAGGAAGUGACCGUUAGAACUGGAUAGCCUCGCAGAAUAUCAGGACAUGUUCAGUAAGGCUCUAACCUUAUACCAAAAUCUUGAACCCGUCCCUCUGAAGUCGGCUUCAGAGCCGUGGGCUGAAAUUUAGAUUUUGUGGCUAAAUGGGUAGAGUUUCUAUGAGGCUAGUGAUACUUUUGUAUGUAAGAAGAUGAUUAUUAUUCUCCUGUGUUAAGGUAAUUGCUGUACUAGGCAAAUAGACAAUUGGGUAACUUGUUUGCAACAGGGAUGUAUAGGAAUAGAAGCUUUUCAGUUAAAGGCUGAUUUUUCUUCAGGUGUAUUCUGGUUUUCAGCUGGCUGGCCAAGAAUUCAGUAGUUUCCUUUGAACCACUGUGUUUUAAGUCAUCAGUGCAUUUAUUUCAUGUUUGCCCAAUCCCUGUUGGAACUCGUUGCAUUUCUAACCUCUGUAGCCUUCUACAGCAGCGACUCCCAAUUAGCAAAAUAUUUUCAUGCACAAUAGAUUAUUAAAGCUUCUUAAUGAUUUAAUUUGGCACCUUUUUGUUCUUGCAAAACACUGGGCAGCUCUUAUCAUCUGUAUUUUUUUUAUUCUUUCAGAUUUAGGAUCUUCCUUGAGUUGUUUUCGUUUCAAAGAGAAGUUAUUUUCCAUGAGUAUAAAUUGUUCAUGUAACUCAUCUGUUUAUCCCUUUCUCUGAAAAAAAUUAAGCCUUGAACAAAGCAAUGGGAUCAUAAUUGAUUUCAGCGUGAGGACUUUUAAGAGACCACAGUACUUUUGUGAAAGGCAGCAAGUUGGUACAAAAGCAGUUUCCCCACAGGAAAGAAAAUAAAGUGCUUGGAGCAACUUAUUAAGGUAAACAGAUUGCAGUGGAUUUCUGGAUGGCAGAUCUGGAAUGGACACGAGUCCUCUGGGAGGAUUAGACUUGUCUGAAAAUACUCCUAGUCUGCUAGGGAAUACCACCAUGGCAGCAGGUCUUGCAAAUGUAGGAAAUACAUUUGGAGGGCCACCAAAUUCUUUAGUUUCUAGACCUAAUAAAUUCCAAAACUCGCCUAUAGAAGAUGAUGAUGAUGUAGUUUUUAUCGAACCUAUACAACCUCCACAAAAUUCUACGUCGCUGGUAGCAGACCAAAGGAACACUGCAUUUACAUCAUCUAAAAAUGAAGAACUUAAAGGAAAUGAUUGCAAAAUGCUUCCUUCUCCAAAAGACUUAAAUUCUCGAAAGGGGAGUAUAAGUGAAACUAUUAUUAUUGAUGAUGAAGAAGACGUUGAAACAAAUCAAGGACAAGAGAAGAAUGCUUCCAGUUUUAAUGAACGAAGACUUCCAGAGUGUAAAAAUAGAACCAACGAAAUGGAAUUCCCACCUUCCAGUUUUUCAAGAAGUAAGACCAAGACUGGUGUAGGACCUUUCAAUCCUGGUAGAAUGAACGUGGCUGGAGAUGUAUUUCAAAAUGGAGAAUCUGUGACUCAUCAUAAUCCUGAUUCUUGGAUAUCCCAGUCAGCUUCCUUUCCCAGGAAUCAGAAGCAACCAGGUGUGGAUUCCUUGUCACCUGUAGCAUCCCUUCCUAAGCAAAUUUUCCAGCCUUCUCCCCAGCAGCAGCCUUCUAAGCAGGUUAAAGUCACGUGUGCGAACUGCAAAAAGCCUUUACAAAAGGGACAGACUGCGUAUCAGCGGAAAGGAUCAGCUCACCUUUUCUGCUCCACUACCUGCCUCUCUUCGUUUUCACACAAACCCACUCCAAAGAAACUUUGUGUCAUGUGCAGAAAAGAUAUAACAACAAUGAAAGGUACCAUUGUUGCUCAAGUAGAUUCAAGUGAGUCUUUCCAGGAGUUUUGCAGUACAUCAUGUUUAUCCUUCUAUGAAGAUAAACAGAAUCCCUCAAAAGGAGCCUUGAAUAAAUCAAGAUGCACAAUCUGUGGUAAACUAACUGAGAUUCGUCACGAAGUUAGCUUUAAAAAUAUGACUCAUAAGCUGUGCAGUGACCAUUGCUUCAAUAGAUACAGGAUGGCAAAUGGUUUAAUAAUGAAUUGCUGUGAGCAUUGUGGGGAGUAUUUGCCCAGUAAAGGAGCUGGAAACAAUGUCCUUACUAUUGAUGGUCAGCAGAAAAGAUUCUGCUGUCAGAACUGCGUUGGUGAAUACAAGCAGAAAUGUGGCCAAUUAACAUCUUGUACUGGCUGCAGAGCUCAGUGCAGGUUUUUUGACAUGACUCAGUGCAUAGGACCUAAUGGAUAUAUGGAGCCAUACUGCUCAACUGUAUGCAUGAACACACACAAAUCAAAAUAUGCAAAAUCACAAAGUAUGGAAAUUAUUUGCCACUUUUGUAAGCGAAACUCUUUACCUCAAUAUCAAGCCACAAUGCCUGAUGGAAAACUGUACAACUUUUGCAGUUCCAGUUGUGUAGCUAAAUUUCAGACUCUCAGUGUUCAGUCUUCAACAAAUGGUCAGUUUGUCUCUCCCAGUGAUAUUCAGUUGAAAUGUAAUUAUUGCAAAAGUUCUUUCUGUUCAAAGCCAGAAGUACUGGAAUGGGAGAACAAAGUGUAUCAGUUCUGCAGCAGAGCAUGUUCUGAUGAUUACAAGAAACUGCACUGCAUAGUUACAUACUGUGAAUACUGUCAGGAAGAGAAAACGCUCCAUGAAACAGUGAAUUUCUCUGGUAUCAAAAGACCCUUUUGCAGUGAAGGCUGCAAGCUGCUAUAUAAACAAGACUUUGCAAGACGGUUAGGACUGAGAUGUGUUACUUGUAAUUACUGCUCACAGCUGUGCAAAAAGGGAGCAACUAAGGAGCUUGAUGGUGUAGUGAGAGAUUUCUGCAGUGAAGAGUGCUGUAAAAAAUUUCAGGACUGGUACUACAAGGCUGUACGGUGUGACUGUUGUAAGUCGCAAGGAGCCCUGAAAGAGAAGGUGCAGUGGCGCGGCGAGAUGAAGCAUUUCUGCGAUCAGCACUGCCUGCUCCGCUUCUACUGCCAGCAGAACGAGCCCAAUCUGGCCACCCAGAAGGGACCUGAGAACCUGCACUAUGAUCAGGGCUGUCAAACUCCCCGGACAAAAAUGACAGGCUCAGCUCCACCACCUUCUCCAACACCUAACAGAGAAAUGAAGAACAAGGCAGUUCUUUGCAAGCCUUUGACAAUGACAAAAGCCACGUACUGUAAACCUCAUAUGCAGGCAAAAUCUUGUCAGACAGAAGAUGAGUGGAAGAAAGAGUAUGUCCCCGUGCCUAUUCCUGUACCAGUCUACGUUCCGGUGCCUAUGAACAUGUACAGUCAAAAUGUUCCUAUUCCUACCACGGUUCCUGUUCCUGUGCCAGUUCCAGUUUUUUUGCCCACUACUCUGGAUAGCACUGAGAAAAUCCUUGCAGCAAUAGAAGAGCUGAGGGGAAAAGUGCCCUCAGAUCCUCUGGAAGCUGAACUACUGAAUUUGUCAGGGGUGGUACCUGAACAUGUUGGAAAAGCUGAAGCUUCUGAUGUGGCCAGUGUGAUAGUUGACUCCAAUCUCCUAAACUCAGAGUCACGGACAAGCUUGCCUGAUGUUCCAUAUGAGCCAGACCUUGAUAUUGAAAUAGACUUUCCAAGAGCAACUGAGGAGCUGGAUACAGAAAAUGAGUUUUUGUUACCUCCUGUUUUUGGUGAAGAAUAUGAGGAACAGCCAAGGCCUCGGUCCAAAAAGAAGGGUGUGAAGAGGAAAGCCGUGUCGGAGUACCAGGCGCACGAUGACAGCUCCGAGAACUCCGAGUGCAGCUUUCCCUUCAAAUACGCCUACGGGGUGAAUGCCUGGAAGCACUGGGUAAAGUCCCGCCACCUAGACCAAGAGCUUCCAGAGCUAGAGGAGCUCAAAUCAAUAAAGUCUGUGAAAUUAAAGGAAGAUCUAUUAUCACAUACUUCAGCUGAGUUAAACUAUGGGUUGACACAUUUUGUCAAUGAAAUUCGAAGGCCUAAUGGAGAGAACUAUGCACCUGACAGCAUCUAUUAUCUGUGUCUUGGAAUUCAGGAGUAUUUAUAUAGGAGUAAUCGGAAAGACAACAUAUUUAUUGAUCCAAUCUACCAGACGUUUGAACAGGAAUUAAAUAAAAUUCUUCGAAGCUGGCAGCCAAGCAUACUUCCAGAUGGAUCAAUAUUCUCUCGAGUUGAAGAAGAUUACCUUUGGAGGAUUAAACAGCUAGGAUCACAUUCACCUGUUGCUCUUUUGAAUACUCUGUUCUACUUUAACACUAAAUAUUUUGGCCUGAAAACAGUGGAGCAGCAUUUAAGACUUUCUUUUGGCACUGUUUUUAGACAGUGGAAGAAAAAUCCUCUAACAAUGGAAAGCAAAGCUUGUCUUCGAUAUCAAGUGUCUUCCCUGUGCAGAGCUGAUAAUGAAGAUAAAAUUGCUACUGGAAAAAGGAAACAUGAAGAUGAUGUGCCAGUAUUUGAACAAAUUGAAAACACAUCUGAUCCAGCUAGAUGCCCUGUGAAAAUGUUUGAGUGCUAUCUGUCUAAAAGCCCACAGAAUCUGAACCAGAGGACAGACAUGUUCUAUCUGCAGCCAGAGUGCUCCGUGUCGGCAGAGAGCCCCAUCUGGUACACUGCCACCUCACUGGACCGCAACACUUUGGAAAAUAUGCUCGUACGGGUUCUUUUAGUAAAAGAUAUUUAUGAUAAAGACAAUUAUGAACUGGAUGAAGACAUAGAUUAAAACAAACUUCCAAAAACUGUCAAGACAACAAACAGCAUUAGAUAUAGUCAUGCUGCUAGACCUUUACUAUGGAAAACAUUUCAAGUUUACCCUUUGUUUUAUGAGUUUUGUAGCAGUGUGUACCCUCACCCGGGUAUUACCAUGUAAAUAGUUUGUGAGUGAAAGUCUCCAUUAUUCUGUGUAGUGGUUUUAGGAUACAUAACAAACACAUUUCAGAUUCUUUUUUUAUUAUUUAUUUGAUUAGGUAUGUUUGUAACUUUUUACAUUGCAAAAUAUGAAUGAGAAUGUGCCAUGUGUAAUUUUUUUUCCCCUCGUAGUAAGAUACAUCCAUGUUGCACAACUCUGCUGUUGGAAGCUCCCUUGGAGGAGGCUCUUUUAAUGGCUUCUGAAACCAGAUGGUUGUGUAUGGGUAGCACUACUAAAAUUUAGAACUUGCUGUGUCUUUCGGAAUUUUUAAAUAAAUUGUAAACUAAUAGGUUUUUUACUUUUUAGUUACUGAAGCCUUAUAAGGUUAUGUAGAGAGAUUCCAUCUUAUGUACCAAAAAUAGACAAAAGAGAAUGCUGUCAAUAUUGAUGUACUGUAAUGUGAAUCUAUUCUGGUGAAAACGCUUUUUUGUUGCCCUUAUUAAAACCUUAGUGUCCUUUCGUUAUUUGUGACUCUCUCUCAAUUGCCCCUACAAAUAAAAUAUAUAUGUAAAAAUAAGUGAAUAUAAGCUUAGAGCAUGUGGUCAUCAAGACACGUAUUUUGUAGAAAGGAAAACUAAAACCAAAAGCCCCUCAAAAAAAAAAAAGGAAAAAAAAGGUAAAAAAAGAGAUGUCUGAUGACAAUGCUGUAUAAUCCUUUUUUCAUCUUUACUUUUCCAAUCAUAAAUGCCAGUACCUCAUAUUAAUGUAAAUUUGUCCUUUGUAGCCUUAUAGAAAGGGGUUCUAUGCCAUAUUACAUGAAGUAAUAUGGUAUGCUAAAUUUUUAACUUGUUUGUCCUUGCAUUGCUGUAUUUAAAUACAGUCAAUACUUGACUAUGGGUGGAAAGAUUCUUUUAACUAAUGCCUCCAUUCAAAAGCCAUAUGAGAUGUGAAGUUGCAACAAGUCGAAAGAUGAUUUUUCUUGAAGAAAAAUCCUUUCAUUUGCUCUAUAUCCUUGUGCUUACUUUACUUAAGUAGUCUGAUAUCCAGAUACAUGUUUAACUGCUUAAGUUCUAUUACUUGCUCUUAUUUAACUAAUACAAACAAUAUGGUGGUUUAAGCAAUGACUUUGCUGUUGUACUGAAAAAAAUGUAGUAGAGUAUUCUACUAUAAAGUACUCAUAAGCUUAAGUCUCUCCUAAAUGGCAUUAAUUAUCUGUUGAGAGGAAUCAUCUACUAAAGGAGAAACUUUCUAUGUAUAUAUAUAUAUUACCACCUGAGGAUUUAUUUCUUGCAAGGGCUGCAUGGCUUUUUCAUUUUCCUUAGCUUAAAAGAAUGCACAUAAGGAUGCUUCUUUCUAUAUAGAUAAAUAAAGCUUCAGUUGCUUUGUUUUGUUAAACAA